AUGCUCUUCUCAACUUCCAUCAUCCUGCCAAUAGCACUUUUGUGCCACACUGCUGCUUCUCUCAGCGUACCCGAGCUAUCUGGAGUUUCCAGCUUGGCGCGUCGAUCACAGAAAGAUCCUGGACAAUACACUAAACCUGCUGUUGAUAAAAUCAAUCAAAAAGCAAAACAGAUAGCCAAGCAUGUUCAUGAAGAUAAAGCUCAGGUUCUUAUUGAGACCGAUUUACAAGUUGUAGUUGAAGCUUUUGAAGACUUUAUUAAUGGUAUGAAGGGUUGUAACUGCACCGGUAAAGGUGAAGUUGACCUUAACGGUUACAAAGAUCUUGUUGUCGAAGUGUUUGCUUCUGUUCAAGUGGUUAUUGAGAUCAUCGUAGGAACCCAAGAUAAAACUCUCAUUAAAUCAGCUCAAGAUGUAUUUUCUCAGUUCACGGUCCAUGUUGCUAAAUUGGUCGACCUCGUGAUCAAAGUCGAUAUCAAGGUGGCUGUGGCCGUUCGGGAUAACGUUGAUGCAUCGGCCUAUGCUACUAUCGGAGUUGACAUCGUUGAGCUUGUGAACGGAAAGGUUGCUGGAGAAGUAUCCGGACAAGCUGGUGUUGAAGGAAAGCCUGAUGUCAAACACUAUCCCAAAGAUAACAGCACAGGUCCUAUUCCUCCAAAGAACAGCACAGGCCCUAUUCCCCCAAAGAACAGCACAGGCCAUCAUUAG